AUGCAGAAGUGUACCCUUUUUCAGAGCUGGAUCCCCAAGUUAUUUAAAAAGAAAACAUGUACCACAUACUUAGAAGACAACGAGCCCAACAGAAAAGAAGAAAUGUGCCAAUGUGGUCUGGCCAAGCAGAAUCAUGUGUCAGUAGCCGUAGAGGACAACUUUGGAGCAGCCAUUGUGAGCACCUGGAACUCUGUAGAGCAUACGACAGAAGAGCCCACGGAUGCUUAUGGUGAUAUUGAAUUUGUCGGUGCUGGUAAGAAGCAUAGCAAGUUUAUUCGCCUGUCAAAUGAAACUGAUUCCUCCGUUGUCUAUAACCUAAUCACUCAUCAUUGGAAGAUUCCACCACCCAACCUAGUGGUGUCUGUUGUUGGCGGUGAUGGUGACUUUAAAAUGAAAACAUGGCUGAAGGACAUCCUGAGGAAGGGGCUGGUCAAGGCUGCGCAAAGCACAGGUGCCUGGAUAAUGACGGGUGGAAUGCAGGUUGGCAUAGGGAAAUAUGUUGGUGAAGCUGUCAGAGACCAUGCCACUGCUAGCUCUAACUCUAGAACAAAAGUGGUGGCAAUGGGCAUUGCACCAUGGGGAAUCAUACAUAACCAUCAAAGUCUGGUAAACCCCAAGGGGUCUUCUCCAGCAAAAUACAACAUGGAAAAUGUGGACGGGCCAACUUAUUCCUUGGACAACAAUUAUUCUGUUUUCCUCUUAGCGGACGAUGGCACCAAUGAGCAAAUGGGAGGUGAAACUAGCUUUAGAUUCAUGCUAGAGCAGCACAUAUCACGGCAGAAGACUGGCGUUGGGGGUAAGGGAAGCAUUGAAAUCCCUGUUCUGUGCAUGCUUAUUGCUGGAGAGUCCAAGAUGCUGGAGAGAGUCUACAACGCCACAAUGAGCCCCAUCCCAUGCCUCUUAGUUGCUGGUUCCGGGGGGGUUGCCGACUGCCUGGCUGAAAUCCUGGAGGAAUCAUUGUCAAUGGAGUCCGUUAGAUCUGUAAUAGAAGAGAAAUUAAAAUUGCAUUUUCCCAAGGAGAACUUGACGAAAAUGGUUGGAAAGGUUGAAAAGAUCAUAGAGAACCGAGAGUUGGUUACAGUCUAUUCCAACGCAGAUGGGACAGAGGAUUUUGAGACUGUUAUCUUGAAAGCUUUAGUUAAAGCUUGCAAGAAGCAGUCCAGUGAUGCCACAGAAUAUCUGGAUGAACUGAAGUUAGCGGUGGCCUGGAACAGGGAGGACAUUGCCAAAACAGAACUCUUUCAUGGGGAAAUUCAAUGGCGGGCAUGCGAUCUUGAGGACACAAUGACAGAUGCUCUGGUCAAUGAUAAACCCAGCUUUGUAAAACUCUUUGUGGACAAUGGAAUGAACAUUGCGGACUAUCUGACCUAUGGUCAGCUGGAAGAACUGUAUAGCUCUGUGCUAGAUAACACUGUACUGUGCCAGUUACUUAUGCGCAAACAUGAGGAAAACAGAGAAUUCAAUAAAGGCAAUCAUCACCAGGUGCACCUGCCAGUGGACAUGGCUGGGAAAGGACAUGACUUCAAACUCUUUGAAGUGGCCAAGGUUCUCCGAGAGUUAAUGGGUGAUGUUUGUUCUCCCUUCUACACAAUAGUCCCGGUAAACACCAAGAACUCUGUGAGCAGGAGAAACUCCAGUAAUAAAGCUAAUCAAGGCAAUGGAGACCCAAAGUAUUACAAUAAGAAAUCAGUUUCUCCCUGGAUUGACCUCUUCAUUUGGGCAAUACUGCAGAAUCGAGAUGACAUGGCCACUUAUUUUUGGGAGAUGGGUUCAGAAGCUGUUACCUCAGCUCUCGCUGCCUCUAAGCUCUUGAAAGAACUUUCUCGCCUGGAGUCUGAAGCGGAGGAGUCGUUGGCUAUGAAAGAUCUAGCAGCAAAGUUUGAGCAGCUGGCAAUAGGAGUAUUUAAUGAAUGUUACAGAAAUAGUGAAAAUCGAGCAUUUAAGCUGCUAGUACGACGCUCUAAUGUUUGGGGAGGGGCCACUUGUCUGCAGCUAGCUUACGAGGCAGAUGCCCGCAAUUUCUUUGCACAGGAUGGGGUCCAGUCUAUGUUAACAGAGAACUGGUGGGGACAGAUGGCGCAUAACACGCCAGUAUGGACAAUGAUUCUGACUUUUUUCUGCCCACCUCUUAUUUACACAGAUCUGAUUGAAUUCAAAAACUCUGAUAAUGAGAGCGGAAUGGAUAAUGCCCAGCGAGUGGAAAUGGACAGUCUGGAUAUUGAUAUAAAGACUACUGUGGCAGAAAUCAUGGAGGGAGAAGAAACAAUGAGGGAAAAAAGUGAGCUUAUGGAGCUGAAACCUGGGAAGGCAACUGACGUAACCCCAGGAAUCCCAGAUGUGGAAACUACUAAAGACAAGUCCCGGCCGAAAUGGAUGAGACGCUGGAAGCAGUUCUGGAGUGCCCCCGUCACUGCAUUCCUGGGCAAUGUUGUCAUGUACUUUACUUUUCUCUUCCUUUUCUCCUAUGUGUUGCUCAUGGACUUCAAAGGGCCACCACCCAUUGGUCCAGCCCCUUCAGAGAUGAUAUUGUAUUUCUGGGUUUUCACCAUGGUGUGUGAAGAAAUACGACAAAGCUUCUUUGUAGGGUCAAUGCCAGUGGCACAGAAAGUGAAGCAGUACUUGCAGGAUUCUUGGAAUCAUGUGGACAUCACAGCCCUGUUACUUUUCAUCUUUGGCCUAAUUUGCAGAAUGUUCAAUGAAUCAUACGAGUCAGGACGGACCAUCCUCUGCUUCGAUUUCAUGGUUUUUACUCUCCGUCUCAUUCAUAUUUUUGCUGUGAACAAACAGCUGGGACCCAAAAUCAUUAUUGUCAGAAAAAUGAUGAAGGAUGUCUUCUUUUUCCUUUUCUUUCUGGGAGUCUGGCUGAUUGCUUAUGGAGUUGCCACAGAGGGUCUCCUACACCCCAAUGAUAUGCGUUUGAGCUGGAUUUUACGUCGUGUCUUCUACCGGCCCUACCUUCAGAUAUUUGGUCAAAUUGAACUAGACAAGAUGGAUGCUGGAAAGCUGGGAAAUGAGAACUGCACAGAUGACCCUAUUGCCAUCAUGAAUGAAAUAUUACCCCCAUGCCCCAACACAUUUGCCAACUGGCUUGUGAUUCUGCUUCUGGUUGUUUUCUUGCUUGUUGCCAACAUCCUCUUAUUGAAUCUGCUGAUUGCCAUGUUCAGCUACACCUUCUCCAAAGUGCAAGGCAACAGUGACAUCUACUGGAAGUUCCAGCGUUACAAUCUAAUUGUGGAGUACCAUAACCGCCCAGCACUGGCGCCACCCUUUAUCAUCAUCAGCCACAUUCAUACCUUCAUCAAGCGCAAGAUCCGCAAGGUGGAGUCGCAGAAGAUCAGACAUUUCAUGUUGGCGUUGAAAGAGCCACUAGACAACAGGAUGCUGACAUGGGAGGCUGUUCAAAAGGAGAACUACCUGGUGAAUAUCGCCAAACAGAAGAGGGACAGUGACACAGAGCGCCUCAGACGAACAUCACAAAAGGUUGAUACUGCAUUGAAACAACUCAAUGAGAUUAAGGAACAUGAUCGAAGAUUGAAAACACUGGAGACAGAGAUUGAAUACUGUGGUAAGGCGCUUUCAUGGAUAGUUGAUGCCCUUCAAGAAAGUGGCAUGGUAAAAACCACUAAACCACCUCCAGUCUUUAAGUAAGGUCAUGCUCUGGGAUACUUCCUGUUUACUGUCAAUAAUAGG